AUGUCAAACGUUUUUGAAACCGAUUCUUGGCCAAGUGAGUUGGACGAUUUUCCUACUCAACUCGCGUUAACAUUACCAAGCAAGAUCAUAAAACGCAUAGCGCAAUACCUGGACACUCAGCAUGACCGUUUCAACUUUUGCCUUGUCAACAAAAGAUGGUCUCCCGCGGCUACAGAAAUCUUAUGGUCAGAACCUGUCUUCAAUACGCCAGAUUCUUUUCACUCGUUUCACCGUUCCGUUAAACAGUCAAGGUUAUGUGCUCUUAGAGUUCGCGUAUUAGAUUUAUGUGCGCCAGAAGAUGAACUCGUAAACUUUUUUGUGCCUGUUUUGAAAUCGGAACGUCAAGAGCAUCAAAGAAUGCGUACUUAUGUGUUAUCAAAGCCAAAUUCUAUUAUGAACUUAGUUCGAUCAUGUGAGAAUUUAAAAAGCAUUAAGGUAUACGGAUGGAAUCUUAAUGAUAAUCACAUUCAAUCUUUUAUUCAGUAUUGUCCGGGACUCGAAGAAUUUCGCGUGGUGGGAAACCAGAAUCUCACUCAAUUUUCUAUCUAUUCACUUAUAAAUUCAAUUCCUAAUCUUUAUGUCCUCGAUCUGGAUGGAAAUUUUGUUUUCUCGGAUAAUUUUGCUGAGGCUUUAGCGACCAAAUGUUCUAAUCUCAUCUCACUCAAACUUUGCACGGACACAAUGUCAGCGCGUGGAUUCGAUAUAUUGGCUGAAAAAUUAACGCGUCUGAAGGAAUUAAUAUUACAAAACUGUUCGCAAUUGUCUGAUGACAACAUAGAACAUUUUGUACGUAAUAAUUCUCGUUUACAAACACUGUUUUUAUCCGGUGAUAAACUUUCCAUUAGAUCUUUUCAAGCCAUUAUAUCUUCCUUGGACAAUUUACGCUAUCUGGAUCUGAGGUGUUUUAAAAAAAUGUCUCAUACUAUUAAAUGGGUUAUGCCACUUGGAAAGAAAUUGCAUACGAUCCUACUCGAAAACUUAACUGUAGAUGAUGAUCUAAUUGAUGUUCUUUCAAAAAAUUGCAAACAUGUAGAAAUUUUUGGACUUUCUAAAUGUCCGUUUGUGACUGAUCGUUCAGUAGAUAGCAUUGCCGAAAACUCUGAGAAUUUACGCAUCGUCAAUUUAAUAGAAUGUCGAAACAUUACUGACUCUUGCUUAAGAAUUUUGGCGAACAAAGCAUGUUAUACACUUGUUCAAUUGUUUGUCGAAUCAUGUGGAUCUUUCGAUCCGGCUGGAGUACGUUGGUUCGCUUCUAAUACUUUUAAACUUGCAAGGAUCGUAUUUUGCAAAAUGCCAUCAAUAUUAGAAUCUUUUGUAUAUAAGUUUUCUACUGAACAAUAUUCUGGUCUCAACGAUUCGACCGAUCAGUGUACAAUCGAAGGUGACAAUUUAAAAAAAUUGGCUCAAUAUAAUAAACAAAAUUCUCAUUCUUUAGAAUCAGUUCAACAUUCGAAUGACAAACGACUAUCGAAUGAGAAUAAUCCUUUUCAAAAUAUGCAUAAUCUUUCUGAAAUUCAGAUAAAUGCGUUGGCUAUCGAAUUGGGUUUAUCUGCAGAUGUAAUGAAAAGAGCAGUAAGCAAAGUCCUUGGUAGUGACCAUUCACCUUCCUCAACUUCAUUAAUGGGAGAAGAGUUCAGUUACAGUACUCAAGGCACGCCUAUUCACCCACACGUUAAUCAAGAACAAUCUUAUUUUUCGCUAAACCAUAAACAUGAACAUUCGCAUAUGAGUUCUCAAGAUUCAUCACAAAGUAUAUCCAAAAAUUUUUACGAGAACUCAUCAAAUGAACCCAUAUCAAUACUAAAUCGUCGUCAUACAAUACCUUCAAUAAGCGGUUCAACUCAGCAAUUUCCUUCUGAAGCAUUAUCUUCCGUCAUUAAAAAAACACAGUGUGGAUGGUCGUCGAUUAAAGUUAAGCUACCUAGUUUGCAUCGAAAAUCUAUAGAUUCUGGGCGGGAAAGCCUAUCAAGCCAACUUGUUUCAAAUGAUUUAAUGUCACCAUCAUCAACUCAAUCGACGACUACAAACAAGGUUAUUGAUGAUGUUUCACCUUUUAGUAGAAAUGAAUUCGAUGAGAAUUUUGAAAGCAAGCAAAACAAAGUCUCCAAGGAACAACAAGUUGAACAAUCAAAACUAAAUGAUACAAUGAAAUCGACCGGAAAUUUUGUUUUUGAACAAAGCACAUCUUUUCCAAUUUAUUCCGAACAAAACAGACAAAGUACAUCACUUCAUACCCAUUCAGAACCCAGUAUGUCAAUUCGAGAUGUAAAACUACGUUCUGUGUCUCCUGAACCUAUGCUUAUUGAAACGGAUUCCCAAACGCAUCAUAAUCAUACUCAACAAAAUACCUGGGAAAAUAAUAAAUUUGAAGGUAACAAUAUCGGGUUUCAAGCGAACGAUGGUCGGUCAUCAGAAAGAACGUACGAUGGUCGGUCAUUUGAAAGAACGCAAACCUCUCCUCCACCUCAACAACGUCAAAAAGAACAAAAAUCAGAUUCUCAACAUGCUCAAGGCUCAUCUAUGUCACAAUCUUCACAAGCUCAAUCUCAUCCACCACAAGAGUCUGGUCACCAGCAACAACCUUCAGAAUCAAAUACAGAUUCGAUAACCCUGAAAAUAAGCGCCUGGCAUUCUAUUGCUGAUCCGAAUGCCGUAAAAAGAGAUGACGGUCUUGGCACUGGACAAUUACAUCGAAGGGGAAGAAACUAUAAACCUGUUGAUGAGGCGACCGUAUUAGCAAUACAGCAGAAAGGAAAGAGCCUUGCUAAGAAAUCAAAAAAACUGUAUGAAGAUAAUAUCGUGCCAUCCUCAUCCUCAAACUUCAAACCUAUACAAAAAAGUUUAAGUAAAACAAAACCAUUGCCAAAACCUGUCCCUCAUAAACUUCCUAGAAAUCCUUUUGCUACUAACACAUCCACGUCCCCCUCUUCAUCCUCAUCUUUUGCAUCAUCCGCACCUCACAAGUCACAUGACAUUAAAAAUGAAGUUCGGACGACUGUUAACCAACAGCAGCAACGAACAAAAACACCGUCACCAUUACCACCACCGUUGCAGCAACAACCACAAUCAACACGAGCACCUUCUCAAGCACCAGGUCGAGAAAGAUGGAAUGCUCCGAGUUUGGUUAACACUCCUUUCUGGGAAAUACCUCAAACUAAUCUUUCACAAUCUGCUGCAAAGUCAACACAAUAUCAACAAUCACAAUCUUAUCGUCAUCCAUCACCUGCUC